AGCUCGACGUUGGUGCUUUCCUCUUUCUAUUUCUAUGUUCAUUGUGUAACUCUCUUCAUAGGAUGUAUAUGUAUAGCUGCUUGAUCUAUGAUUUAGUUUCUGUUUUACUUAAUCUGGUCUUGUAGUUUCAUCUUGGUUUUGGGGAUUGUUUUUUAAUUUGCCGGCCUUGGAUUCCAGGGUUUGUCUGGCUUUUGUUUCCGGGAGUUAUUAAACUCACCGGCUUUUGUUAGUUUCUUAUAAGUUAUGGUUUGUAUUUGAUCUAUCAAUAUAACUUUCAGUGAAAUAAAAAGAAAAGAUUUUUUUUUGUUUUUGAGAAAAAAUAAAAAGAAGAAGAAAAAAAAAAGAAAUGAUAUUAGUGCAAAGACACGUGUUCAAGUGCCACUAAAGUCAAUUUUUUAAAAUAAAUAGUAGUUUUGUUUAUGACUGGUUUACCGUUUAAAAACCGAACUAAUUUUUAGAACACCGGUUUUUCGUCUAAUUAUAGCUCUUUAAAUUAAUCAAUCUGCCGUCACUAUUCAUAUUCCUAAAGAAAGUAAGAAUAUUCCUUUUAGUGUUACACUUUAGAUAUAUCUAAAAAACAAAUGUACUAUGUUCGCAAUACGUAAAGAGAACGUCACUAAGAGAAUCUUAGAAGGUCCCCCCAACUGCAACUUCCCUCUAUAAAUUCCAUAUUCAUUCUCUCACUCAAAAGAACAUUUUUCAAAAAGUAAAACAUAUCUCACUCUCUUUUAGUCUCCUCCACUCUUCAAAAGCUUAUAUCAAUACCAUCCUCUCCUUUCCAUACAACAAUGGACUCUCAUUCUUGCCACCAAACCAAACAGAUUAUCCUCGUACAUGGUCCCAUCAUCAUUGGAGCCGGUCCUUCCGGUCUUGCAACGUCUGCAUGUCUCUCUAGCCGUGGAGUCCCCUCUUUGAUCCUAGAACGUUCCGAUUCAAUAGCAUCUCUGUGGAAAUCCAAAACCUACGACCGACUCAAACUCCAUCUCCCUAAACACUAUUGUAGAUUACCACUCUUGGACUUCCCUGAAAACUUCCCAAAAUACCCUUCUAAAAACGAGUUCUUGGACUACCUUGAGUCAUACGCUUCGCAUUUUGGCAUCGUCCCUAGGUUCAAUGAGAACGUCCAAAACGCUUCUUACGAUUCCUCCUCCGGUUUAUGGAGAGUAAAGACUCUAAGUGGCGCAGAGUAUCUCUCCAAAUGGCUUGUCGUUGCGACCGGUGAGAACGCAGACGCUUACGUGCCGGAGGUUCCGGGGAUAUUGAAGUUCUCCGGUGGGAGAAUUAUUCACGCAAGUGAAUACAAAAGCGGUGAAGAGUUCCGACAACAGAAAGUUUUAGUUGUCGGAUGUGGAAACUCCGGCAUGGAGAUUAGUUUGGAUCUUGUUCGACAUAACGCUUCUCCUCAUCUUGUUGUCCGAAACACAGUUCAUGUGUUGCCAAGGGAGAUACUUGGGCUGUCAACAUUUGGAAUUGGGAUGACACUUCUCAAAUGUUUACCAUUGAGGUUUGUUGAUAAGUUCUUGUUACUGAUGGCUAAUCUGUCGUUUGGAAAUACCGACCGGUUAGGUCUACGCAGACCAAAAACCGGUCCGCUUGAGCUAAAGAAUCUCACCGGAAAAACUCCGGUUCUUGACGUCGGAGCUAUGACUCUCAUCAGAUCUGGCAAGAUUCAGAUAAUGGAAGGUGUAAAGGAAAUUACAAAAAAGGGAGCAAAGUUUAUGGAUGGUCAAGAAAAGGAAUUUGACUCUAUUAUAUUUGCCACUGGUUACAAAAGUAACGUGCCUACUUGGCUUCAGGGAAGUGAUUUUUUCACGAAGGAAGGGAUGCCGAAAACUCCGUUUCCAAACAGCUGGAGAGGAGGGAAAGGUUUGUACACCGUUGGGUUUACGAGGAGAGGACUCCUUGGAACGGCGUCUGACGCGGUUAAGAUCGCUGGCGAAAUAGCUGACCAGUGGAGAGACAUAAAGGGGGCCACCAAGAAUUUGUGCAGCUCUCGUUUUGUUAUUAUCUCUAAAUCCUAAUUUGUGUUUUGAAAACGAAAAACAAAUCACUACCUAAUUUUGCAUGUUGUAAAUUCAAGAAAUAAACUUGUAUAGAUGCGGAUUUAGAUUAGUAUAUAACGUUUUGACUGUCAUUUAAAAUUGCUAAAACAAAAUACUCUAGGAACUGUUAAAACUUAAAAGUGUGUAUUCAAUUUAAAAUGAUUUAAUUUUAAUGAGUUUUAGAUGAAUUUAGUUGAUUUGAAAAUUUACCAUAAUUUUGUUUAAACCACUAUUUAAAACUAUGAAAGCAUAUUUUUAAUAUUUGUAACUAAGAAAUGCUAGCAAAAUACUACAAUGGAUUAUAAAGUAUAUCAAAUAGCAAAUUCAAUAAUAUAUAUAUAUAUUUAAAAUAUGUUUGAAGAAUAAUGAAUUUGUCAUUUUAAUAUGAAUCACUUCCAACUGAAUAAGCUCUUAGAACAUGAUUAACGCUGCACGGGUUUUUAUUUGAUUUUUUUUAUUUGAUAAAAAAAAAGACAAACCAAUCGCGGGUCACCAUGUAUCAACGGAAUCCGUGAACAGUGCAAGAACCAAGUUAAACUUGGUCCUUAUAAAAGACGCGGAAGACACGGUUUUUAUAAAAACAGUGGGACCCACCCCUUAAGAACCAAAUUAAGACCCGCCGUUAAUUAUGCUUAGUAUCUACAUCUACUUAAGUAAUCUACUUAAGUUAGUUCAUGUCACGCCAUUGUCGAUUCUGUAAACAGUUUCAAUCUUAUUAAAAAUAUGACAUUGCUUUGCUAUUUGAGAAGGUUAUAACUUAUAAGUAGUGAAAGGUUAGAAAUACAUCAUUCCCACGACAUAUUAAUGUCAGAUGGAAAUACAUAGUGGGUAAUAUUGAAUGUGUCACAUCUACGCAAGAGAGACAAAUGAAUAUGUAACGAAGUGUGUAUGUAAAGAGAGAAGCAAACGCAAGGAAGAGAAAUGGAUGGAGGUGGGCACUGAUUUGUCACUGAAAUGAGAAUUGAGAUAGAGAGAUCUGACACUCUUCUGCGACCACCGCAUGGACUAUCUCUUUCUACGAAAUUGAUCCAUCGCUCUCUCUUUCUCUGCCGUCAUGAGAGAACACAUACAUUGAUACAUACACACGCGCAUUUUUUUAAGGGUUUUGUUUUAGUCACUUUACCCAAAAUACAAUACAACUAACUUCAUAUAAUGGGUUAUUGCAUCCCAAUCUGAAUGGAUUAUUGGAGUAAUGCGUUUGUUUUGUUUACGUGUAUAAAUUUUUAUACAGUCAGGGCUUUGAAAUAUCUGUUUAUUGAGACAUGACCUUUUUCACUGUUGGAGUAAUGGCUUCGCGCAAGCUAUUUGCUAGAAGCACAUUAUAGCACAGUAGAACCACGUCUGGAAAAUAAAUUAUAUUACAUCAUAUUUAAAUACUUACAGAAAAUAUUUACAAAUUCAUAACUUCUUAUAAUAUACUAGGAAAUAGGACAUAUAUACUUUUUUUUUUUGAUAACUCUGGUAUCUGGGCAGCCACAAUCCCAACUAUCCCUCGAAAGGGGUCCAGCACCCCAACGGAAGGGAUGUUAAAUCCGUUGUGGCCAAGACUCGAACCCGGGUGGCGGGCAGUACAGCUGUACCUCCUUUACCACCAAGCUACGAGCGCUUGGUUAUAGGACAUAUAUACUUAUCAAAAAGUUAAAAUUCUCUGAAGUGAAUAUGAGUCAAAUGUUGGAAAAAAAAUGUAGAAUAUGAGAAAUCCUUUACCAAGAGGCAAGAACAAGUAUUGAGUCAAUACCAAAUAAAAUAUCAAACUAACUCAACAGUUCAACGGUAUUUGAGGGCAUUGAAUUCAAUAAACGUUAUGACACGCAUCCAUGCACACCUUACGUUAACUAUCCUCAGUCACUUGCGUCACUCUGUGAUUUUAUUAUUAUUUCUUAUUGCAUUCUUCUUUUUUAUGGUUAGGGGCUUUGUGCUACUGACCAUUUUUGCAGGCACUGUCAAUUUUCAUGAUGGAUUUGACAUUUCUCUUUGCAGGUUAAGUAUGUCACCGCUCUUUUAAUUCCCUCGCAGCUUCCGUCAGUUUAAUACCCCAAUCCUUUAUCCUCUUUAUGACAUUCAUAUCUGAGUUUAAUAGCUUCAACUUUUGACUACGGGUUUGAUUGGUAAUUGUAUAGUAAACUAGACUAAAAGAAAAAAAGUGGAAAUGAAUGGAAAAAAAAAUUGGUGAAAAACAAGAAAAAUAAAAAGAAACACUUUCACUUUAGUAAAAUGUAGAAUAACCAUGAGUCUAUAUUUUCCCCCAUUUAAAUAGUAAAUAGAGUAAAAUGAAAAAUGAAAAAUGUAUUUCAUUUGAUUGGUAAACUUUUAGUGGGAUUUGGAGUAAAAUUAUUUUUAGAGUAGAAAUAUUUUUAUGAGUAAAAGUUUAUUCUAACGGUACAAUUCAGUCAGACUCUACAUUUGGUUUAAUUAGUUUACUACCAAAGUUGA